CUCCGGGAGCGACAGGCCCGGGCGGCGUGCCCUGCUCAAAGAUGGCCGCCGGCGGCUUCGGCGUUGUCCGGAGGUGAGAGGUGAGGGGUGGCAGCGGCGGUGGCCGGGCUCCGGGAAGAUGGCAGAGAGCGAACGGCGGGCAGGCACCUCUGAGGAGGUGGCUCCUCCCCUCCAGCAGAGCUUCAUGAUCCCUAAAAAGGAGAUAAACAUGGUUUCUGACAUGGCCAAGUGGAAGCGCUCUCAGGCAUAUGCAGAUUACAUGGGCUUCAUCCUCACUCUGAAUGAAGGUGUCAGGGGCAAGAAGCUGACCUGUGAAUACAAAGUUUCAGAGCCCAUUGAAAAGCUGGUGGCUCUUCUGAACACCCUUGACAGAUGGAUCGAUGAAACCCCGCCAGUGGAUCAACCUUCUCGCUUUGGGAACAAAGCCUUCAGGACCUGGUAUGCCAAACUAGACCAGGAAGCAGAAAAGUUGGUCGCAACAGUGAUUCCCAAGCAUUUGGCUGAUGCUGCACCAGAAGUGGCCGUGUACCUGAAGGAGUCCGUGGGGAACUCCACCCGCAUUGACUAUGGCACAGGGCACGAAGCUGCAUUUGCAGCCUUUCUCUGCUGCCUCUGCAAAAUCGGUGUGCUCAGAGUGGAUGACCAGAUGGCCAUCGUCUUUAAAGUAUUUAACAGGUACCUAGAAGUGAUGCGAAAACUUCAGAAGACCUACAGGAUGGAACCUGCUGGCAGCCAGGGCGUGUGGGGCUUGGAUGACUUCCAAUUUCUACCUUUCAUAUGGGGCAGUUCCCAGCUGAUAGACCAUCCAAAUCUGGAGCCUCGGCACUUUGUUGAUGAGAAGGUGGUAAAUGAAAACCAUAAGGACUUCAUGUUCCUGGAGUGCAUCCUCUUCAUUACAGAGAUGAAGACGGGCCCCUUUGCUGAGCACUCCAACCAGCUCUGGAACAUCAGCGCUGUACCCUCCUGGUCCAAGGUCAACCAGGGCCUCAUCCGCAUGUACAAGGCAGAGUGCCUGGAGAAGUUUCCUGUGAUCCAGCACUUUAAGUUCGGCAGCCUGCUCCCCAUCCAGCCUGUGACGUCCUAAGGAGGCCGCAGGAGGAGUCGAGGCAGCGGAGGCGUAGCGCGGCGCUCUUCCUCCUCCCCUCACCCCCUCCUCAUCACCUUGCCCGUUACACACAGCCCAUUCAUUCCUGCACAUCCUCAUCGGCAACUACAGAUCCAAAGCACUCGCCGGCCUUGCACGGGAGACGGGACCCGGAGCGGCUCCUCCUGCACGUCCCCAGCACGGGGAUGUCUUGCCAGCGACCAAGCCGGGGCUGUGCUUCUCCGCUCUGCUGCAUCCAUGGGCAGCACAACUGCCGUGUACGGCUCUGGGCAUGUGAAUGGGGUUUGAGUAGGGGCUGCCUUGCGGCAAAGGCCCUCUGCUUCCCUUCCGGGGAAGGAGGGGGUGUGGAGGGGAGGAAGGCACGUGUGUAUGUGUUGGGCAGUGGUAACUGCAAUUUCCCUUUUGAAUUUCACUUAAGUUUCCUGUUGCUGUUUGGUUUGGGAAACCACUGUGAGGGGUGAGGUGUGAGCCUGCACGUGUCUGUAGGCAGCCACCUCUGCCUGCAUGGGGAGGUCUGAAAUGGGUAAAGGAAGUUGUAGGGAAUGUCUGUGGGUUGCUGGAAGCCCAGGGUGCCAUCUCUCCCUUUUUCUGGGUAAGGAAAGCCCCCUCCCUCCAUCUCUUCUGCAAGGUUCCCUGGGUCUUCCUUUCCCACUACCGCCCCUUCUCGGGUGAAGCUGGGAACCUUCUGGGCUGCAGGGGUCUGAGCUGGCUCUGGAGCUGGAGACAAGGUCCCUGGAGGGACCCGGCUCUGUGGGAACAGCUAUGCAAAGACACUGCUCGAGCGGCGCCUGCUCAGGCUCCCUCUUAACGGGCACAGAACCUCACAUGUUCGCACACGUUCAUCUCUGGGUCCAACCUGCCCUCUGCACUCCCUGUUUCCUCCUCCAUGCUUUGCUGCCCUGGGGCUGGGCUGGCCUCAGUGGCACAAGGUGACCGUGGUUGCUACUGCUUGGUCAUAAAUUGUAGUGACAGCCCCAUAGCAAAGGGAUUUCCCCACGAAGCAGCAUGUUCCCCUGCUCUUUUAGGGAGGCAUCCCUGCAGCAAAGGCAGCAUGGGGGGGCAAGCAUGCAGCUUUACAUGCAUUUAUAUACUUGCGCUGGAAACAAAAAGCAUAAAUAGCUCAGGACAGCGGGUUAUACCUGGAGAAUGCUCUUUCUUUUUGUCAUUCCCUGCUGGUGUUGCUGUGCUGGACCUCGAGCAGAGGGACCACGCUUCCAGUGCCACCAGCAGCAGCGUCUUGAAGGCAGGUGAAUGAAUGGAGAUGUGGUCUGGAUCAUACCGGCAGCAUCACUACAAGGGCAGAAACGGCUGGUGCUGGGUUUGAGAUGAGCUGUCGUGUCCACAGGUCUUGACCAAGGUGGUCCACAGCUUCGCAGCUGGAGAGGGGAUGUUUCUUUUUGGGGUUCCCAGGCCGGGUGUUGGAGGGGGGACACACAUGGCUCUGGGCUGGUGUUUGCUGGGGGUCGGGGGCAGCAGGGAUCCUUUCUCUGGUACUCCUGCAGACCAUGGAGGGGGCGGUGGUGCUGCCCCCAGCCAGGCUGCUUGGCUUUUGCUGCUGCACUGCUUUACUGGGGGGGGGGGGGGGUGUGGAGGGAAAGGCCUGUUUAUGAAUUUAUUUUUUUUUUCCCAUGAUUUUCUUUUUGCCAGACCUACUUGUUCCUUCUUGUAAAGGUUCUUGCAGGUGCUCAGGGGAGGGAGAGCAAGAAAAGAGUAAAUUAAGAGGCAGUGAAACGCAGGUGUCCGCAGAGCUAAAGCAGAGCUUUUUAGCACUGCUACUGUCCAGUCUGCUCCUGGCUUGGCCCUGGGUGGGGGGCAAGGAUCUUCUCACCUGCCUGAAACAACUCUAUAAGCUUGCAUUUUAAAUGAAAAUGGAAGACUGGGGUUAAGUCUUGUUUUGCUCCAAAAUGGGACAUGCGUUUUGUUUUGGCUUUCCAAACGGAUCCAAUCCUGGAGUGGUUCUGGAGAUCUGUGUGUUUGCUGGGACUUUAGUCCAUCUCCAGUGGAGUGGUUCAGCAGCCAGUGCCUAGAGCAGACACCCCAGGCAUCUCCACCUGUGCCCCCUCGUGUUGCUGCGUGGCUUUUGUCAAGGGUCACCAUGCUUUAACUAGCUGUGCAGCAUCUGGCUGGCCGUGGCUAAGCUAAAGCCCCUGGUUUCCCAAAGCUGUCCAAGGGUCGGGAACACAUUUCUCCUGGUCAUCUUAUAGAAAUGGGGCUUCCAUGCAAAAGGAUAGGUGGAAAUGUUGACUUCCAUGCAUGGGAGGGACACCAAGAAUGUGAAAUACAGCCCCAAAAAAGGGUGGGGAGGUGCUUCCUUCCCCUGCAGCUGCAGCCACUGCUCCCUGGGGACAGUGUCCCUGGGCUUGGGACCUGCCAAGGAGGUGGGAGGAGGCUGUCGUAGAGCUCUCUGUUUCUUGCUUGCCUGAGUCUGCACAUCUGUCCUGCUAGGGAUUUUUGGACUUCAAGCAGCUAAUUCUUGAGUCUUAUCAGCCCACUUGGUAUGUGCCCCCGUUACGCGGCAGCCAGCUGCUUGCCUUGCUCUGACUCCCACCAACGUCCGUCACUGGUUCUCGGGGCUCUGCUCUCCUGGUGGGUCCGCACACGUAGCAGCACCCAGGGCUGCUCGAUGUCCAAAGCAGCACUCCCCCAUCUCCUCCUACAUUGUGGUUUUAAUUAAAGUCUCUGUGUUUUGCACCGGUGACUGUGUUGGUCUCUCUUGGGCUGGGGUUUGCUCCGGCUUUGGGAGCAGAGCCAGUGAAGCCGAUGGCUGGAGCCUUUGGCACAGGGAAGAGGCUUUGUGGAGGCACUUGCCGUGUCGGUGGUUAUCUCUUGCUUGCACCAAAAUUGACUUGUUAUUUAACUGCAUGAAGCGAGUAUAUCCAGUCUGUCUUUGUAUCCUUCCUAGGUGUCUUUCUGUCAUAUAGUGUGUUUUAUUUAUUUAUUUAACUUUUUUUGCUGUGUCCAUCCCCCUCUCUCCCAGCUUGGAUUUGGCAGGUAGGUGAUGUGUAAAGCCUAUUCCCAGGCCAGCAAAUACCUCUUGAAGAUCAGAGACUCUCAUAACCAAAGGAUGUUUGAGCCUUGUUUUUGAGGCAGGGUGAGAACUGGAACCUUUUUUUUCAGAUGUUUUUCCUGUCCUGCUGUAGGGGCUGACUCAGGACUUCCAGCAUCAGUUUAGCUCAGCAGCUUUGCUGGAUUUAUAUAGAAAAUUAUACCUGGACCUUCUCAUGAGUGGUUGGAGCUAGCGUAGAUGUGCUUAGCAAAUGCUGGUUUUCUUGUCGCUGGGUUAUAUCUUCUCCAUCAACGCAGACCAACUGUGUGAGUGCAUGUUGCUAAAAGUGGCAGCAGUGUGGAGGGAUGGAUAGUGUGCAGAAAUGUCAUCUUGGAUCACAGAUGUUUUCUUUGAAGGCACUUGAAUUCAUCUUGAACGUGUCCCUUGGUGAACAUGACGUGCAGUGAAGGGGAAGCAGACGUAGUGUGGGUUUCUCACCAUCUUCCUGCUCAGCCCACUGACCAAGCCAGUUUUUUUAAAUUCAGUUUUCCGAACUGGAUCCUUUGGGGUUGCAAUACAUAGGCCAGUUUGUGUUUCUGGUUAACAGCUGUUGCCUUUACAUGGGGCGCGUUUCGCAAAUCGCUGUCAACCUUCCCCUGUCUCUUUCUUCGCAGCCCUCCUUUAUAAAUGAUCGUUCAUGGCAGCCAGUAAUAAAUGAAGUAAGAGUUAAGAGAAGCAGCCUCGUGCGGUGAUAGUAGUAAAAGAAUAAAAAAUAGAACUGUUUCAUGCCAUUGUUGCUGUAUUAACUUGUCCCUGGUGUGCGGCUCAGUUCCAUUACGUAGUGCUGGGUUUCUGCUAUUAAAUAAACAAAGAAGUCCCCGCUGCAGGACCAGCAUUUGUUGAGCAGCACAAUCUGAGCUGGCAGUUUCCAGGACAAAGAUGUGCUUCGUACCCCAAGGAACUGGUGUUGAACCACACAAGAGCCCUGGAUGCCGCAGUGUGUCCCUGCAACUGCGUUGAGUUCCUUCCCGAGAAAGGGAAGGAGGCAGAAAUGGGUGGGAGAAGGUGGAAUUGGUGGUUAACGGUAACUGCUAACGUAACCUGAACUCUUCCACUGCCAACGUGCUGGUGGGAACCUUCUACAGUUGAGAAGCUCACAGGAAUCUUGUUGCUGCUUCAACAAGGACUCUCUUAGCUCAGAUACAGAAUUUAACAGGGCUUUUGGAGGUCAUUUCAUGCUCUGAUAGCCAAGAGGAGAGAUCUUCAUCCUUUAACGUUGCUUCCCUGUUGGUGGAUGAGCACUCUUCCCAUUGACAUCGGAAGAAACUUGAGCGUCCUGGGGAUGGACAUGUCUUUCCCUGGACUGAUCUUGUAAAAAAUGUGCCAAACUUCAAAUUAGGAUGAGCCAAAUUGAAAAAGGGCUGCCUCUACAUGAGAUUUAGUGAGGGCUGAACCAUGAUGGGCAUCUUCAGCUUGGAGAUAUGCUUGUUCUGAAGAGCACAAGGCUGUGAACAGGCUUCAGAGGUUAGAAAAGGCUUUUGAGGGGGUGGAGUGGGUGCUUCUGCUUGCUAUAAAAAGCCUGGGCUUGGGAAUGUCUACAUCGGCUGGCUCUACGCAGGGCGUAAAUACAGUUGUCACUAAAAUUGGAACGAGUCACCCCCCGUGUUCCCAGUUGCAACUGUAACACAGAUAAUAAAUAACAUUGAGAUCCCUCA